UGGUUCUCUCUUUUUAGGUUUUGAAAGACCAUGGAAAAGAUUUUCUUGUCGGCAACCAGCUGAGCAGGGCAGAUGUUCAAUUGCUGGAAGUCAUUUUAAUGGCAGAGGAGUACAAAGCUGAUAUACUUGCCAAAUUUCCUCGCUUGCAGGAAAACAAGAACUCUGAAAUCAUGGCGGGGAAACCCAAGCUGCACUACACCAAGGGAAGGGGGAAGAUGGAGUCCAUCCGAUGGCUGUUAGCAGCAGCUGGGGUUGAGUUUGAGGAAGAAUUCAUAGAAACGAAAGAAGACUUAGAAAAAUUGCGCAGUGAUGGAGUCCUGCUGUUUCAGCAGGUGCCCAUGGUGGAGAUUGAUGGGAUGAGGAUGGUGCAGACCAGAGCCAUCCUCAGCUACAUUGCAGCAAAGUACAAUCUCUAUGGGAAGGACCUGAAGGAGAGAGCCUGGAUUGAUAUGUACGUGGAGGGAACUACAGACCUAAUGGGAAUGAUCAUGUAUCUCCCUUUUCAACCAGCUGAUACAAAAGAAAAGAAUCUUGCCUUAAUCAUUGAACGAGCUACAGCCAGGUACUUUCCUGUUUAUGAAAAGGCCUUAAAAGAUCAUGGACAGGAUUAUCUUGUUGGCAACAAAUUAAGCUGGGCAGAUGUCCAUCUGCUGGAAGCCAUUUUAAUGGUAGAAGAAUGUAAGGCUGAUGUACUGUCUGCAUUCCCUCUGCUACAGGCUUUUAAAGGAAGAAUCAGCAACAUUCCAACAAUCAAAAAAUUCUUACAGCCUGGCAGCCCGAGGAAGCCACCAACAGAUGAGAAGUUUGUUGCUGUUGUGAGGAAAAUAUUCAAUAUCUAAUCUGAUGAAGAUAACCCAGCUGUAGUAUUUAACCAGAGCUUGCCUUGUAAGUGUAAAUUGCAUAGAUGUGCUCUGUAACUUGCAUCAUAUGGCCAGUGUUGAAACAAUACACUGUGAAUACAGCUUUAAAUUAGAGUAAAAGGCUAAUUUGGACCUGUUGAGUCCAGAAAGAAAAAUUUCCUGAGGCAGUUAUAUGAAAUAAAAUAUGCUGACACUUUG